ACGAGUAGUAAAACAGAAUGUGGUAAGUAUAUCUCGUAAAUCAGGGAAACAAUAUCACAAAACUUAAUUAGAUUAAGAAAAAAAAAACUAACAUCGAUUUUUAUGGAAUCAUGCAUUUAAUAUACCACAAUUAACAUCAAUGAUGAAGAAGCCUCACUUCCUUAUUUACGUAAAAACAAUAUACAUAAGCAUAAAACGGGAUACCUACUCAAAGAAAACUUGUGAUCUCAUACGUCUUUCAUUCUUGUCGCCAAUAUGGAGGAUGGAGAAGCAUCAUCCACCGCUUGCUUUCGUUUCAAGGAACAGAAGCCCAUGCAAAACCCUAAGCUGACGCCGAAGCAACGAAAAGAGACAAAACAACAAAACCCUAAAACCACCAAAGGUCGACAGAAGAUAGAGAUCAAGGAGAUCAAAGAAGAGAAUCGAAGGCAAGUGACGUUUUCAAAACGCCGAACCGGGCUUUUCAAAAAAGCGGCCGAGCUAAGCGUCCUCUGCGGCGCACAGAUUGGUAUCAUAACGUUUUCACGUUGCGAAAGGAUAUACGCGUUCGGUAACGUGAACACACUCAUCGAAAGUUACUUGCGUAAGACUCCGGUGAUGCUAAGGUCUCAUUACGGCGGCGAUGUGGCAACCGGAGGGGCGGACGGAGAUGGUAAGAUGUGGUGGGAGAGGGAGGUGGAAAGCGUGCCGGAGGAAGAGAUGGAUGAGUACAUGAAGGGGUUGAAUGUUUUGAGGGAGAAUUUGUGGGCAAGGAUCUGCGAGAUGGGUGGUGAUCCAACGGUCCAGGUGAAUGCUCAGGUAUGUGAAGAUCUGCUGGCUCCGGUUAACUGGAAAAUGACGGAUGAAAAUCUGACAGUUAGGAGUGAUCAAGGUCAAGCAGGUUACGAUGGAUAUUAAGGCUUUGCGGGCGGUUCAGUUUAUGUCUCAAAACCAUAGACAAGAAAGAGUGCAAAUGAUCAUUUUCCAUUAUCUUCUAAAAUAGUAGUAAGAUCUUAGAGAACUAUCAAAUUUAA